AUGAGUGGUAUACACAAAUUUCUCACCAGGCGUGAGCGAAACAAUAAAGAUGGAAAACAUGCGAAAGACGAGGCGUCAAAUGUCCUGUCCCGUCCUCACUUUCGAGGCCUCUUCUCAUCAGAUAAAAUUCCUCCCACAGACGCAAGCGAAGAACAAAAGAAGAUUAAGAUUCUGGAGCAACGUGUCGCGCGGCUCGGCAUUACUGGUCUGAAGGAAGAACACUUCGUGUAUGCGAUUCAGUCCGAACAUGCGCAAGGCGAUGUGGACAAAGCUUUUGAGUUGCUUUUACUCUUGGAGGACUCGAUCGAGGGUAUAAUACGGGGCUAUACACCAAGCACUAAACUGCGCGGCGCAGUGAAUCGCGAAGGCGUUACUUGCUAUCUGGAUGCUCUACUCUUCGCGAUGUUCGCCCGGCUGGACUGCUUCGAAGCUAUUCUCUAUAAAUCUUUCAACGAUGAGUCCCGUCGGAAACUUUCAAUUUUACUAAGGCUCUGGGUCAACAUGCUGCGAUCCGGAAAGCUUAUAACCACCGAUCUUACGAAACACUUGCAGGAUGCACUCGCCGAAUGCGGUUGGGAAGAUGCAGCGAGACUACGGCAGCAGGACACGUCCGAGGCAUUUACCUUCAUCACAGAAAAGCUCGAGCUUCCACUCCUCACACUCAAAAUGGAUAUCUACCACACAGGAAAGGAAGACGUCAGCGGCGAUCAUAAAUUUGUCAAUGAAAGGUUGUUAGAGGUCGCGAUCCCAGAGCCUGUCGACGGCGACACGGUUACACUGGAAGACUGCUUGGAGUCAUACUUCAACAACAAAAUUGAGGUGAAACGCUAUAUGGAACGGCGCCAUACGUUUGGCUCGACUAAGUCUCUGGAUUCCCUUUCCAAAGGUUGCACAACCCACGUCGAGGAAGUCAGCACCCCGCUAUCACCUUCUUCCAGCCAGCCACCCUCGCCGCGCUGGGAUGAAAUGACACCCGUGAACUCGUUGACAGAGGUCAUCGAAUCAGAUCCUCCUCCCUCCUAUCGUCGCAACAGCAUUCUUCAAGAAAGAUUCAUACCCGAUGCAGAGAAUGGGACGGACAAGGAUAGCGUGCUUACAUCUCAACGACGAGGUUCCUAUCGGAAAGAAGUGAUGAUGCCUGCGUGGCAAUUUUUUAGUCUGAUACCGUGGUAUACGGACAACACACCGACUAAUGACGCCCAAGUCGCCGCGCAUUUCUCUUCUAAGCGUCCAAUGCUUGGCAUGUGCCUGAAACGCUAUUCUAUGCUGCCCAAUGGCAAAGCAGUGAGACUGAACAUAUUUGUUGAUAUUCCAACUGAGAUUGGGCUGCCUCAUUUCAUCAAGGAUGAUAACAUGAAUGAGGAAGGCCCGAUCUAUGGGAAUUUCAAGCUAUCGCUGCAAGCAAUGGUCUGCCACCGGGGAACCUCAGUGGAUUCAGGACACUAUAUUUCCAUUGUCAGGGGCACCAGCGCUGGAGCACCUCCAGCCAGCUCUCAUGGAUCGGAAGAUGACACCUUCUCGGACACCCCCAAAUAUUGGAUGAGGUUUGAUGACCUAGCAAGCGAGCGAGUUACGUUGAUCGACAUUGAGCAUGCAUUAAAGACUGAAUCACCUUAUCUCUUGUUCUACCAGAUUUUACCCAUCCAUGAAGAUGCAGCGGCAGCUAACUUAGGUCAUAAGCCGCCGUCAUCGGAAACUUCCAGGGACUCACAUGAUUCAGAUGCGGUCAACAUGCAUAGGAAGUUACAGACACUUGCUCUGGAUAAUACAAUCAUCGAUGGCAUGGAGGGACACAGAUCCAGUCGGCCCAGUUUCGAAAUUACCAGCCCAGAUCAAGCCGAGCCUACACCUGUGGAACAUAAUGGAAGGAAGCAAAGCGUGACAUUUUCCGAAGCUUUUGAGCCCGGCGUCCAGAUGCGGUCUGUUCCGUCGACUUCACCUAGGCUGACGCCUAGAGAUGACGAAGGCAGGAACUCAUUUUCCUUCUCUCGACGCAGUUCCAGGGCAACAAGGAGCAAUCCUGGAAGCCGUACUGGGAGUCAAGCCAGUGAAAACAGGAUCAGCUUUAGCUUCUCGCGGUUUACUGGUCGACUCAGUCGGGAAAAGUUCGCUGAGGGCGAAGAUGAAGACUUAACGGAGAACGAGCUUGGCCCAAAUGAUCGACUCCCACCGCCAAACAUUGAACGCAAGGACAGAAGCCCAAGGCGGACUCGAGACUCAGAACGAUAUCGGGAUAAGCUCAAAGACAAAUCUCGCGAUAAGAUCGGACGGAAAUUGGACCGGGAGUGCACAGUUAUGUGAAUCGGUCAUCUAUGACGUAUUUAGACUUGUUGCAUUUCUCUUACACCACUGUUUCUCAUUUUUUGUACAGCAUUAUCUCUGGAUUCGAAGGUUGCAUGGUUGGCAGGGCAAGGCAGGAGGUCAUUAAUACUUAGCGAUGAUGCAUGGUUUAUGUGUUAUGAAGAGUCUGGGAUUUGAAGAUACGUCGGCGUUAGAUAGACAGCAUACCAAGACAGCAGAGUAAUAGUUCUAGCUAGCCUCUAUAGCUUAGCUAUGGCGAGGCGAGCUAAUGUUUAAUAUGGUGAUGUUGGCUUCUU